AUGAGGUGUCUGCUAGUGCUAGUUAUCCUCGUGCUGGCCAGCGUUGGCGAUGCCGUAGUGCAAGAUGAAGAAGAGACCUGCUCGGGGGCCAAACCAUGUGCCCCAGGUGUAGUGCUGCCCGUAUGGCAACCUCAGGAUUCCUCUCUUUCAUACACACUUUCACUCAUUCCUAUGGCAACAAAAAUACAGCCGAAACACUCUAUUUUACGACGUCUCAAACUGACAUCUAUGCAAAUUAAUGUUCUGUGA